AUGUCCAAAUAUCCAAGUCUGUUUCAAAAGCUAGCCAUCGGUGAUUUUACCCUCGAUCACAGAGUCAUUCUCGCGCCAUUGACUAGACUGCGAACCCACGGCAAAAAUGGCGUGCCUAGAAAUUACGUAGAAGACUAUUACACUCAACGCACUACUAAGAACGGUCUACUGAUCUCUGAAGCCUGCAUUGUUGCGGACGAAGCACAUGGAAUGGACCAUGCGCCGGGAAUUUACACUCAACAGCAAGUUGACAAGUGGAGAUCUAUUGUUGAUGCCGUACAUCAGCGCGGCGGCUAUUUCUACAACCAAAUCAUCGCUUUAGGAAGAGUCGCCGAUCCAGCUUUCCUGGAUAGUGAGCUUAAAGGACCUUCUGAAGAUAUCUAUAAAGAUAGACAAGUAAAGGAAUUGUCUGUGGAUGAUAUACAUCGUUUUGUUGGUCAUUUCAAACAGGCAGCGAUCAACGCGAUGCAGGGUGCCAACUUUGACGGUGUUGAAAUACACUGUGCAAAUGGCUACUUGAUCGACCAAUUCAUCCAAAAGCAGACCAAUCGAAGAUCCGAUGAAUACAAUGCAGAAUCACUAAAAUUACCAAAGGAGAUACUUGAAGCAGUCGUACAAGCCAUCGGAGCACACAAGACAAGUGUAAGAAUGUCCCCCUUCUCAGCCUGGCAAGGUAUGCGCGGUGAGUACGAGCCCUUCGCUCAGUUCAAACCAUGGGUCGAGCACAUCGUUUGUACGUACAAAAAUCUCGCCUACGUUCACUUUGUCGAUCCUCCUGCUGGCUCGCCUAAGGAAGAUUUCGACAAGAGCGACACGCUUAAGCAGAUUGUUAGAAAUUCCGGCAUAACCGUCAUUAGCAACACUGAUCACACACUUGAGACUGCCAAUGCCAGAGCAGAUAAGCAUGAUGAGGGAGUCGCAUUUGGAAAACUUUUCAUCUCCAACCCUGACUUACCUCAGCGUGCACACAACGGAUGGCCUUUGAAUGAGAAUUUUGAUCGUACCACUUUCUAUGGUGGUACUGAGCGUGGUUAUACAGACUAUCCCUUUUACAAAAUUGAUUAA